AUAUGUUAAGACAGAACUGAAAGCUGAGUUCAUCUAUAUAUACUGACACACACACAAGCACACAAAAGUAAAGAAAAAUGGAGGGAAAAGCUACAGAGAGAGAUGUAUGGGGUGCAAGCACUAUGGAGAAAACAACUCAUAAGGCUUUAAAGAUAAGGUCUAAUGAGGCUGCACAACACUGGACUGAUGCUCUCCCCAUUGGGAAUGGGCGUUUGGGGGGCAUGAUUUGGGGUGGCGUUGCUUCCGACACCAUCAACCUCAAUGACGACACACUUUGGACAGGGAAUCCUGGGAAUUACACAAACCCGGAUGCUCCAAAGGUAUUAUCAGAGGUCAGAAAACUGGUUAAUGAUGGCAAGUAUGCGGAGGCUACUAAGGCAGCGGUUAAUUUGUCUGGAAAUCCUUCUGAGGCUUACCAGCUUCUGGGUGAUAUUAAGAUAGACUUUGAUGAGUCUCAUGCUGUGUAUGAUAAAGAAACCUACGAGAGAGAGCUGGACUUGGAUACGGCCAUUGUAAAAGUUAAGUAUACUGCAGGUGGAAUAAAUUAUACUAGGGAACAUUUUUCCUCAAGUCCAGACAAAAUAUUAGUGACUAAUAUCUCUGCAAGCAAACCUGGGUCUUUAUCGUUCACCAUAUAUCUUGACAGCAAGUUACAGCAUGAAUCAAGUGUACAAGGACAAAAUCAGAUAACGAUGGAAGGAGGUGCUCCAAUGGGUAUCAAGUUCUCUGCAGUUCUUGAAUUGAAAAUUAGUGAUGGUACUGGUCAGCUACAUGUCGUAGAUGACAAGAAGAUCAAUGUUAAGGGUGCUGACUGGGCUGUUAUUUGCCUGGCUGCAUCUUCCUCAUUUGAUGGGCCAUUCACUAAGGCCUCAGAAUCCAAAAAGAAUCCUACUUCAGAAUCUCAAAAAGUUUUGGAUUUAAUAAAGAAUUUAUCAUACGCUGAACUUUCUGCUCGCCACUUGAAUGAUUAUCAGAAGUUAUUUCACCGCGUCUCUCUACAGCUUUCUAAAAGCUCAACAACUGUUGAAAAGGAUUUGUGCUCUGUAACUGGUAAUCAAUCGAAAGCUACUGAAGAUGAGAAAAUGUCAACAGCUCAGAGGGUGAAAUCCUUCAAAACAGAUGAAGAUCCUUCCUUUGUAGAGCUUUUGUUCCAAUAUGGUCGUUAUCUGCUUAUAUCUUGUUCGAGGCCAGGAACUCAGGCAUCAAACCUGCAGGGAAUCUGGAACAAGGAAAUUUAUCCACCAUGGGAUGGUGCCCCACACGCAAAUAUUAAUCUCCAAAUGAACUACUGGCCGUCACUCCCCUGCAACCUUAAAGAGUGCCAAGAGCCUUUGUUCGAUUACAUUUCCUCCCUGGCAGUCAAUGGCACUAAAACGGCUAAAGUGAACUAUGAAGCGAGUGGUUGGGUUGUUCAUCAGGUAUCUGAUAUUUGGGCAAAAACAUCCCCUGAUCGAGGCGAAGCUGUUUGGGCUUUAUGGCCAAUGGGCGGAGCUUGGCUUUGCACCCAUCUGUGGGAGCAUUAUACAUACACACUAGACAAAGAUUUUCUUAAGAACAAAGCAUAUCCCUUAAUGGAAGGAUGUGCAUUAUUUCUUUUGGACUGGUUGAUUGAAGGCCCUGGCGGAUAUCUAGAAACAAAUCCUUCAACUUCUCCUGAACAUAUGUUUGUUGCUCCUGAUGGACAGCCUGCUAGCGUGAGCUACUCCUCAACCAUGGAUAUGUCAAUAAUUAGAGAAGUGUUCUCAGCUGUUGUUUCUGCUUCUGAGGUUUUGGGAAAUAGUCAGGAUGAUCUGGUAAAAAAGGUUCUCAAAGCUCAAUCACGUCUUUAUCCAACUAAAAUCGCCAAGGAUGGGUCAAUCUUGGAAUGGGCACAAGAUUUUGAGGAUCCAGAGGUGCAUCAUAGACAUGUGUCACACCUAUUUGGUCUUUUCCCAGGGCAUACAAUAACCCUUGAAAAAACUCCUGAUCUUUGUAAAGCCGCAGAUUUUACACUCCAGAAACGAGGGGAGGAAGGUCCAGGAUGGUCGACUACAUGGAAAGCUGCUCUCUGGGCACGUCUUCACAACAGUGACAAUGCAUAUGGAAUGGUUAAGCAUUUAAUUGACUUGGUAGAUCCUGAUCGCGAAGCUGAUUUUGAGGGAGGACUUUACAGUAACCUGUUUACCGCACACCCUCCUUUCCAGAUUGAUGGCAAUUUUGGUGUCUGUGCAGCAAUAGCUGAGAUGCUUGUCCAGAGCACUAUGGAAGACUUGUACCUACUCCCUGCCCUCCCCCGAGACAAGUGGCCGAAUGGUGCAGUUAAAGGCUUGAAAGCGCGAGGUGGUUUAACAGUCGCGAUUAACUGGACCAAAGGAGAUCUUCAUGAAGCUAAUUUGUGGUCUAAUAAUUCUAACUCAAUUUCCACCAUAAGAUUACACUACAGAGAAUAUGCAGUCACCACAAAAGUAAAAUUUGGAAGAGUAUACACAUUCAACAAGAUCUUGAAGUGCAUCAAUGAAUAUCCUCUGUAGGAUCCUGAGGCUCAUAAACUACGGCCAGUUUGUUCCUUGAAGAGGAUGCAUCAUAAGUUGAGGAAUUGACAUUUUAAAGUGUGAAAGCUGUGUGCUGAAAUGUGCUCAGUUUCAUAAGUUGCUCUUGGUCUAUUUGGAUGGUGUCACCUCAUGCAACUUUUUUAUUGUUUUGUUUUUCUGUUUUGUUUUGUUUUUGUCACCUCAUGCAACUUUAACCAACUAUUUCUAUCGAGUUGAAAAUACAAAAGAACUUAAUUUGUAAUUGAUUUUUGUUAUAUGAUUUAUUUUUGAUUUGAA